AUGUCGAGUUUUGAUGUUAUUCUCGGCAUGGACUGGUUGUCUUCUUACCAGGAUAUUAUCGAUUGUUAUCGUGGGAGAGUUAUGGUAUGCACAUUGGGCAGUGAUUGUUUUACAUUUUGGGGAGAUAGAAGCAAUAGAUCUUUACUCUCAUUGUACAACCCAAGUGGUCGGGGUGAAUUUAGAUCUCUUUUGGCAACCUUCUUAGAUGAUGGAAAUGGUAAGGUUCGGGAUGAGUUUCCGAGGGUAGUUUGCAAGUAUCCCGAUGUCUUUUUUGAAGACCUCACCGAGUUACCCCCUCAUCAGGAGGUCAAAUUCUCUAUAGACUUGAUAUCGGGUACAACACCUAUCUCUUUGUCGCCUUAUAGAUUUGCUCUAACUGAAUUGGUGGUUUUGAAGGAACAGUUACAAGAGUUGCUAAGUGAGGGCUUCAUACGCCCUAGUACCUUACCUUAG